AUGACUGGAAUACCAGUCAGCCAGCGACUUAUCAGAAAGUAUGGAUCAGUCAAAGCAGUUCUUAGAGAGAGCGAACGACUUCAGAAGAUAAAUAGUUCCCGAGAAGGAGCUCUACAGAGAAUAAUCCAUCCUUACUCAACAUUUCGCUUCAUGUGGGACUUGAUGAUGAUCUUCCUAAUUAUAAUUAUCAUCUACACAUUUCCCGUCUUUCUGGCCUUUCCCGCGUUCGAUUUUUACUCUCCUUUCGGGCAUGAGAGCAGCUGCACUCACCGCUACACAGCAAUGGUUGUGAACAUCAUCACAGACGUCCUCUUCGCGACCGACAUCUUACUCAACUUCCGCACGGGAAUUGUGGAAAACGAAGCUGAAAAUAUCAUCGUUAUGGAUCCAAAGAAGAUAAGAAUGGCAUAUCUCAAGGGAUGGUUCUUCUUUGAUUUCAUCUCAACUAUUCCAGUAAGCAUAAUAUGGGAAGCAAUCAGUGGCGCUACGCAUGGAAAUCUGGGCUUGAUGAAAAUUGUAAAGCUCUUUCAGCUUCUCAGGCUGAUUCGUGUUACUAAAGUUUUUCGAACGAAGCAUCAGUGGAAAGAAAUUGAGUUAUUCCAGUAUGACACAGCAGUAAUUGCUUUCAAGUUGCUUGGGGUCCUCAUGCUCAUCCUCACUUUUUGUCAUAUAUCAGCUUGCUUCCAGUUUGCGAUACCGCUUGUUUACGAUAUCCCUCCAGAUACUUGGAUUGCAUUUAGAAACUUGGAAUACAAAGAAUUAAAAAUACAGUAUAUGUGGUCAUUGUUUCGGGCGAUGUCUCAAAUGAUCUGCAUUGGGUAUGGACUGUUCCCUCCUGUCAGCCGAAAAGACAAGAUCGUGACGAUUUGUAUGAUGAUUACCGGCGCGAUCUUAUUCGCCGCAUGCAUUGGUAUCUUGACUUCAAUUGUCCAAAGUCACAAUGCUUCGAAACGACUCUACAAGGAGAAAAUUGCGUCUGUCAAACAAUACAUGAGCUUCCGAAAACUACCGGUUGAACUCCGAAAGCGAAUCACCGACUAUUACGAGAAUCGAUACCAAGGAAAAAUGUUCAAUGAGGAGCAAAUCAAAUCCGAGCUUAACGAAAGUCUCCGUCAGCAGCUCAUCAAUGCUUCUUGCCGAGAACUCAUUGAUGCUGUUCCCAUGUUCUUAGAGUGCGACGACGACUUCAUCGACAAGCUACUCACGAAGCUCAAGUUCGAAGUCUACCUUUACGGCGACGAAAUCAUCCGGCAAGGCACUCUUGGUCGGAAAAUGUUCUUCAUCUCUCGUGGCUCCGUUCGAAUCCUCAGUUACAAAAAUCUUGGCAGUUCUCGAGUCCUGACAGACGGCGAGUACUUCGGAGAAAUUGCCCUUCUUCACCCAACGAAGAGGAGAACUGCAAGCGUUUUUGCUGAAUCGUAUUGCUACAUGUACUCACUUGACGUGGAUGACAUGAAUCAGGAAAGAGUUGAGAUUGUCCUCGAAAUGUUCCCCCACAUUCGCCGUCAAUUCAUGGCUGAAGCUCAGAGUCGAUUGGAAGCACUCGAGGAAGAAGAACGCAAGAUGCUCCAAGGCGCCGACCACGGAAUCUCAUAUGAGAUGUCGAAAGCCUCGGUUCAAGAUUGGUACAAACGAAGCUCAAGAAUGAGCCGUGCAAGAACUACGUCUACGCUUUCUCGCGUCUCCAGACACCAAACGAUGGGUUUGAGUGAUUACGCAAAGGACUAUUCAAAUAGACAGAGCCUGCGACGAGGAACAACGAUGAACAGAUAA